GUUUGCUUGGGAAGAAGACCCGGAUAAUGGAGCUCUGGGCGCAGAUCCGUGACUGUUCACGCCCGUCCUGCGUGAGAGUGACGACCACCUGGUGAAGGUGGAAAGACCCUGGAGGAGGAGGGUCCAGCCGGCGUUGGAGAAGCAUCCUGAAGCGAUCUGACCUCAACCCUCGCCUUGAGGUCGGGGAUGAGGCUCGGGCUUGAGGCUCGGGCUCAAGCGCUCUUUAAGGCCGUGGCUUGAGCAGCGGGUCGAGCACACUAACCUGGGGGGGGCGUGGCCUCGUGUACCUCUGGUGACGUAACAUGGGGCGGAUACCCCACCGGGGCUAAGAGUCGGGGUCCAGUUGUAAAGGAGGCGGGGCUCCCGCCGAUCCAUUGACAAAUAGGUGCCACCUCAUGGAGACCACAGCGGCCGCUGCCCCUAUCGGGAGCUUCUUCCCCUCUUUCUUGCUCCUGGCCUUUGGGACACUCGUGGCCGCCCUGCUGGGCGCAGCGCACCGGCUGGGGCUCUUCUAUCAGCUGAUGCACAAGGUGGACAAGGCUAGCGUCCGGCAUGGCGGGGAGAACGUGGCGGCGGUGCUGAGGGCCCAUGGUGUACGGUUCAUCUUCACGCUGGUCGGUGGGCACAUUUCUCCGCUGCUGGUGGCCUGCGAGAAGCUGGGCAUCCGCGUGGUAGACACGCGCCACGAGGUCACGGCUGUCUUUGCUGCCGAUGCUGUGGCCCGGCUCACUGGGACGGUGGGCGUGGCAGCAGUGACAGCAGGCCCUGGCCUCACCAACACAGUGACAGCGGUGAAGAAUGCACAAAUAGCCCAGUCUCCAGUUCUGCUUCUGGGAGGGGCCGCUAGCACUCUGCUACAGAACCGGGGUGCGCUCCAGGCCAUCGAUCAGAUGUCCCUGUUCCGGCCGCUCUGCAAAUUCUGUGCCUCUGUGCGGAGGGUGCGGGACAUUGUGCCCACGCUGAGGACUGCCAUGGCUGCUGCUCAGUCCGGUACCCCAGGUCCGGUGUUUGUGGAGCUGCCCGUCGAUGUGUUGUACCCUUACUUCAUAGUCCGUAAGGAGAUGGUGCCAGCGAAGCCGCCCAAGGGCCUCAUGGGCCAAGCCGUUGCCUGGUACUUAGAAAACCACUUGGCCAACCUCUUUGCAGGAGCCUGGGAACCGCAGCCUGAGGGUCCCCUACCCCUGGAUAUCCCCCAGGCAUCCCCCCUGCAGGUUCAGCGCUGUGUGGAGAUCUUGAGCCGUGCCCGGAGACCCCUGAUUGUGCUGGGAAGCCAGGCCCUGCUACCCCCGACUCCCGCUGACAAGCUCCGGACUGCCGUGGAGACACUGGGUGUUCCCUGCUUCCUGGGGGGCAUGGCACGGGGGCUGCUGGGCCGCAACCACCCCCUCCACAUCCGGCAGAACCGCAGUACCGCCCUGAAGAAAGCUGAUGUUGUCAUCCUGGCAGGAAUCGUGUGUGACUUCCGCCUGUCCUAUGGCCGCGUCCUCAGCCGCAGCAGCAAGAUCAUCAUCGUCAAUCGUAAUCGGGAUGAGAUGCUGCUCAACUCCGACAUUUUCUGGAAGCCCCAGGAGGCCGUGCAGGGAGAUGUGGCCUCCUUCGUGCUGAAGCUGGUGGAAGGCCUUCGGGGCCAGACCUGGGCCCCAGACUGGGUGGAGGAGCUGCGGGAAGCCGACCGGCAGAAGGAGCAGACCUUUCGGGAGAAGGCAAUGAAGCCCGUGGCCCAGCACCUGAACCCGGUACGGGUGCUGCAGCUGGCGGAGGAAAAUUUGCCUGACAACUCCAUCCUGGUGGUGGACGGAUCUGGUGCCUGUUCGGUGAUGGAGCCUUUGGUUACAGCCUCAUUGAGUUUGACACGUUCGUCAGACACAAGGUCCCGGUGGUGGCCUUGGUAGGGAAUGAUGCCGGUUGGACCCAGAUUUCUCGGGAGCAGGUGCCUUCUCUGGGCAGCAACGUGGCCUGUGGCCUGGCCUAUACUGAUUAUCACAAGGCAGCCAUGGGGCUGGGGGCCCGGGGCCUGCUACUGUCACGUGAGAAUGAGGAGCAGGUGGUCAGUGUGUUGCAUGAUGCUCAGCAGCAGUGCCAGGACGGCCACCCAGUGGUGGUGAACAUCCUCAUUGGGAGGACGGACUUCCGGGAUGGCUCCAUCGCCGUGUAGCUCCUCGUGAGUCAGGACGCCUGGGUUUCCUUCCCUUCACCUGUGUGCAGCUGCUUUGGAGUUGCAUCCUUGCCCAACGGCCUAGCUUGUGAGGCCCAAAGACUCCAUAGCCUUUUCUGAGGAGGAGAUGGAAGACUCACAGCUCAGAGAG